AAGGCAGUGGCUGAGAAGGUCUGGAGCUUUGCUGGGGAGCCACAGAGGCAGGUCUGGCAGCACUCACUCAUCCGAGGCUUCCUGGCACUGCCCAGUGCAGCAGCUGAGCUGAGGGGACAAGAGCCCCGGAGGAACACUGGACCGUUUGGUAGACCUGGUUUACUUGAUUCCCUGAGCACCCCUGGAGCACCUCCCUAUCCACUAUGGACGGAAAAGUGGCAGUCCAUGAAGAUGGGACUCCUGUGGUCUCCUGGGCCCCUGAGGAAAACAAUAUGGUGGACCAGGAAGGCGAGGACCAAGUGAAGGAUCGGGGCCAGUGGACCAACAAGAUGGAGUUUGUGCUGUCAGUGGCCGGGGAGAUCAUUGGUCUGGGCAAUGUCUGGAGGUUUCCCUACCUCUGCUACAAAAAUGGAGGUGGAGCCUUCUUUGUGCCCUACUUCAUCUUCUUCUUCAGCUGUGGCAUCCCAGUGUUCUUUCUGGAGGUGGCACUGGGCCAGUACAGCAGCCAAGGAAGUGUCACCGCCUGGAAGAAGAUUUGCCCCCUCCUCCAGGGCAUUGGCUUGGCCUCUGUGGUCAUCGAGUCCUACUUGAAUAUCUACUACAUCAUCAUCCUUGCCUGGGCCCUCUUCUACCUAUUCAGCUCCUUCACCUCUGAGCUGCCCUGGACGAGCUGCACCAACUCCUGGAACACAGAGCAUUGCAUGGACUUUGUGAACCAUUCGACAGCAAGUGCAGUGAUCCACUCUGAGAACUUCACCUCACCUGUCAUAGAAUUCUGGGAGAGACGGGUUCUUGGUAUUUCCUCGGGAAUCCACCACCUGGGGGCGCUGCGCUGGGAGCUGGCAUUGUGCCUCCUGCUGGCCUGGAUCAUCUGCUACUUCUGCAUCUGGAAGGGGGUCAAGUCCACAGGCAAGGUCGUGUAUUUCACAGCCACAUUUCCCUACCUCAUGCUGAUUAUUCUCCUGAUCCGGGGUGUCACCCUCCCUGGAGCCUACCAAGGUAUCGUCUUCUACUUGAAGCCAGACCUACUACGGCUUAAGGACCCCCAGGUGUGGAUGGAUGCGGGCACCCAGAUCUUCUUCUCCUUUGCCAUCUGCCAGGGAUGCCUGACAGCCCUGGGCAGCUACAACAAGUAUAACAACAACUGCUACAGGGACUCCAUCGCGCUCUGCUUCCUGAACAGUGCCACCAGCUUUAUGGCUGGGUUUGUCGUCUUCUCCAUUUUGGGCUUCAUGUCCCAAGAGCAGGGGGUGCCCAUUUCGGAAGUGGCUGAAUCAGGUCCUGGACUGGCCUUCAUCGCCUUCCCCAAGGCUGUGACGAUGAUGCCCUUGUCUCAGCUGUGGUCCUGCCUGUUCUUCAUCAUGCUCAUAUUUCUAGGGUUGGACAGUCAGUUCGUGUGCAUGGAGUGCCUGGUGACGGCGUCCACGGACCUCUUCCCCCGGCAGCUCCGCAGGAGCGGGAGGCGCGAGCUGCUCAUCCUGGCUGUUGCGGUCGUGUGCUACCUUAUAGGACUGCUGCUGGUCACAGAGGGCGGGAUGUACAUCUUCCAGCUCUUUGACUACUACGCCUCCAGUGGCAUAUGCCUGCUCUUCCUCUCCUUGUUUGAGGUGAUCUGCAUUGGCUGGGUGUAUGGGGCGGAUCGUUUCUAUGACAACAUCGAGGAUAUGAUUGGCUAUCGGCCAUGGCCUCUGGUGAAGAUCUCUUGGCUCUUCCUGACCCCUGGACUUUGCCUGGCCACCUUCCUUUUCUCCUUGAGCAAAUAUACACCUCUCAAGUACAACAACGUCUACGUGUACCCGUCCUGGGGGUACUCCAUUGGCUGGUUCUUGGCCUUCUCCUCCAUGGCCUGCGUCCCGCUCUGCAUUGUCAUCACCCUUCUGCAGACUAAGGGCUCCUUCAAGAAGCGUCUGCAGAGGCUCACCACCCCUGACCCCAGCCUGCCCCAGCCAAAGCCGCAUCCACCCCUGCAAGGUGCUGCUGCUGGCCAAGACUGCGAGCCCUCCCAAGCCAAGCAAGGACUCGUUGCAUGGGAGAAGGAGACCCACUUGUAGGAACUGUCAAAGGCCUGCUGGCGCCAGAGCCAGGAACCUGGUCGGGGGGGCCCCUCCUUCCAGGGGUAGCUUCUGCUUCCAUGCUACUGAGACCUCGAGGAGCCCGGAUGCCCCGCCAAAGCCACUCGGCUCCAGCUUUGUUGUCACCUGUCCGUCCUUCCCACCUGGACUCCUGGAGUUCUCCUGUGUUCGUCUUCUGUUUCUAACCCUAACCCUGACUCUGUGGGCUACAAAACCAAGGACCAGGCAGGUGAAGUGACCUUCUCAAGUCCUUACAAGUUCUCAGCUCCCCAUGGACUUGCUGUCCUUGUGCUCCAGCCCAUGAGCCUUUGGUGAUCCCCUUGUCUCGGUUAAAAAUCGAACAUGGGUCAUUUGCCGCC